AUGUCUAGCCAACAGGGGGCCGCCCCCCCGCCAGAAGGCGUGGUGCCGAACCUGAAGAACCCAACGGACGUCUUGCACACCAUAAACCUCAUUUCCCAGGUACUUUCCAUAAUAUCUGUGAGCGGCUUCAUGAUCUUGCGAUGCCAUGUAAAAACAUUUAUCACGCCGCCGUUUCAAAUCGACGAUUUGCAGGCUCACACUUCGCAGGUAUUGUCCCUAGCAUACAGUGCCACAGCCCUUGUGAUGCAUCACUAUGGCGGAGGGUUUCACGUCUAUGAAAUUUCCAAAGCGGACUUGGUCGGCUUCAAGAAAGGGUUGUAUGCCGACACCAUUGUGUAUGGUCCAAACUCUUAUUUCACAAAGCUCGCCUUGCUUCUAAUCAUCACGAGGGUUUUCAGGACAUAUAGAAAGACAGUCUUGGGAACCUACGGUAUAAUAAUUCUCAUGACUGGAUAUUAUUUUCCCGUCCUCGUCAUCAAAACCCUCAUUUGUCGACCGGUCUCGGGAUUCUGGGACCCGACAGCUCAGGCGGACUGCUUCAACCAAAGGGCCAUUUUUGUUGCCGACACAGCUGUCAGCGCCGUCACCGACCUGGCUGUCCUCUGCCUCCCUAUUCCUGUCGCACUAACUCUCAGAAUGUCUUGGAGCAAGCGGCUAAAAGUAAUCGCUAUGCUCAGCGCAGGAGGUAUAGCCACGGCAGCGAGCAUCAUCCGCAUGGUCCUCGUCGUCAGACUUCAAAAAUCGAAUGACGAGCCGGUCGACUUCAUUCGAUUUAACCUUCUCGGCACUGCCGAGGUGAGCAUAGGAAUGAUAUGUGCGUGCUUACCUGCUGUUAACAUUAUCAUCAUGCGUGGAUGCGACUUUUCACCAAAUUCGAGUCGCGGUACCAGAAACUUUUUUCCUCCUGUUGAAUUGAAGUUUUUAAAGGGAAGUAAACUCAGAACACAAAACUUAACGGACAUGGAGUCAUCGUCGGUGAACCCUUCAGAUCAGGGUGUAAUGGGGAGAAAAGAGGCGAGGAGCUGCAUCUUCCCCAUUGAACGACUUAGCAGGAUCGAAACAAUACCAGAGAAUAGCCCCGAAACAGCAACACGCCCAGAUGACUGGUAUACGAAAGUUACUUCACCGACGUUUUCGGGGCCCACUUCCCCAGAUUGGGCACGGAAUGCCGUCAACGGGAAAGCCGAGCCGAGAGAUAUAGAAUCUGCGGGUACACCAGACAGCUAG